CAAGUUUUUUCCUCAUAGACUAUAUCUUAAAAAAUAAUGAAAAUGAAUAAUCUUUCACUCUUAUUUCUCACUCAUCUCACACUAUUUUUCAUUUGUGUUUGUUCACAAAAUAUAGCACAAACACAAUUUGUUUAUAAAUGGUCAGAAACUUAUUGUAAUAAGGAUACCCCAGUGGGGUGUAAACAAAUUCCUCCUCUCAAAUUCACUCUAAAAGGUUUUUGGGGCACAGAUUCCAAUGGAAAUAUUCAACAAGGUUGUAAAGAUCCAGUAGUACGUGAUUGGAACAAAGUGUUUGAUACCGCGAUGGUAAAUAAACUCAACGUAUUUUGGCCCUCUCUUACUAAACAAGAUCCCAAAGACAUGUGGAAGGAAGCUUGGAAUACAUAUGGAACAUGUACAAUGAAAAGGUUCAAAACUCCAAUACAAUAUUUCAAUAGGGCUUCAAGAUUGGAUAGUGAAAUUGGAGAUUUGUUACAAAGUCAUUUAAUAAACUCAAAUGGAAUAGUCCCUUGUGACUCUGCUACAUACAACAAUGUUGAAAUCUUGAACUCAUUCAAAAAAGUUGCAAAGAAUACAGAUGUGUAUUUCACUUGCAAAGACAUUAACACAACUCAUGCUUAUUUGAAUCAAGUUACAUUUUGCUACACAGAUGAAGCAAAGGAUUUUGUGGAUUGUCCAACUUCUCUCAUUAACAAACGUUGUCGUGUUCAAAAUAUUAUUGUUCCUCGUCCUUCGCCUCCAAAGCCUAUCAAACAACAGGAGAAAAGCUUGGACCCAAUAGCUUAUGGAGAUUCUUGGUCAAUUAUGUGAAGCUUUAUUAUAUUAGAAAGUUUAGUGACUAAUAAUAAUAUUAAUUAUUAUUAUUAAUAAUAGAAAGAUGAAUAAUGUUUUUAAUUGUGACUGUGAUAUGUACUGAAUAAUGAAGCAAAUAAAAUGAUCAUCUUUCUAUUUUAUUUA